GGGGCAGGGGUGUUUGCCAUUCACACCGACGCACACUGUAGCAAAAGUGUGAGGAAAUAUUGAAUUCCAAAUUCGAGCUAGAAAAUCGGGCCAAAAAUUGAAAUGGAAGCUCUGAACGGAAGGAACAUUGCCUUGCUGGUGCUCUGCCUCUGUGCCGCAUACGCCCUGGUGGUCGCCGAGGGCGAGAAGGAGAUACCGGCCACGAAACUUGGCCAGAACAUAGCGCCGACAAUGACUUUUCUUUAUUGCUACUCCUGCGGCUAUCGCAAGGCCUUCGAGGACUAUGUUGGCCUGCUGGGCGACAAGUAUCCGCAGAUCCAGGUCAACGGCGGCAACUACGAUCCGCCGGGUCUCAACUAUUACCUCUCGAAGAUUAUAUUCGCCGUGAAGAUCAUCAUCAUUGUGUCGGUGGUCAGUGCGGUCAGUCCGUUCGGCUUCCUCGGAAUGGAGACGCCCAGUUGGUGGAGCCACCUGCAGGCGAACAAGAUCUACGCCUGCAUGAUGAUCUUCUUCCUGGGCAACAUGCUCGAGGGCCAGCUCAUCUCGUCGGGCGCCUUCGAGAUCACCCUCAACGAUGUGCCCGUGUGGUCGAAACUGCAAACGGGACGCUUUCCCUCGCCGGAGGUCCUCUUCCAGAUCAUCGACAAUCAUCUGCAGUUCACCGAAAAGGUCCAGGAGAACCCGGACUUUGUUAAAUAAUAACAGCGGCGGAAUCGGAAGGAGAGGCGGGAACAGCAGCCGGAUAACACCAAAACAGCCGCGGCAAGGAUUUCCAUUCCCGGCUCUGAACCUAUCUUAAACUUAAGCUCUUGUCCUGAUAUUACCUACUUAGCUGUAUCUCUGUUUUCACCCCAACUUUAGCCUACUGUACGCCACCACCUAUUUCCUUGUAUUCCUUGUAUUCAAAUGCUUAGUGAUCUGUAUGUGUUCCCUGUUUUGGGGGACAGGAUGACGUAAUCGGACAAAGAAACCGGGUACAUCUCGAGAUUAAAAGCGAACACACACUGUAGUAGAAGCCUGCCUCCAUAAAGAUGUACCUUGUCCAUAGCCUUUACGGGAUUGUGUAUGUGUAUCAUUACUUGUUAGUGGGGGAGCAACUAAUUAUGUACGGAUAUGUGAAACCUUUUUCAAAUUGUAAUAAAGAUAAAUUCGCUCGACAGUUUCAAAACCGAAA